AUAUGUCAGCUGUGUAGUGAAAACUUCAAUUUUACAUGGUCUCUUUUUUGGAUUCGCUUCUCUAACAAAAUUUCAUAAAUGCAUAAAAUGUAAAAAUACCGCUACGUUCGUGCGCCACCUGAAAAAACACUAAAAAGCGAUAGAGGAGUGAAAAAUGACGUCGGAGAAGGUCGCUGAAGAUAUUGGAAAUUGCGUUCGUCAAAACAUUCCGUGGGCUGCCGUACCGAUACACCUGAAGCAGGUGCUACACAACAAUCAACGUGACUAUGAAAAAUAUGUUUUCAAUUACAGCCUAAAAAAUCAGUUGCGUUUUCGGGGUAAUCUUACAUCCAAGGUAUUCCGCCAUGAGCAGCGCUACUACGAACUACUUGUGCAGAAAAGCAUCAAUGGUCUGCUACUGUUCCCAUAUCAUCUGGCUGAUAUUAUAACAAAAGGAUUACGCGUAACGCCUUUCAACUAUUAUCUGGAUUUGUUGAGUCAAUUACUACGCAAUGAUAAGUCGUACGACACCCUUCCAAAUUUCACCGCCGCCGAUUGUCUGCGUGUACUGGGCAUAGGACGUAAUGAAUAUUUAUCACUGAUAAGCAAUCUGAAGACGCAUACAACACGUGCGCUGCUCUUUAGUGCCAAACCGAAUCCACUGGAUUUCUUGCCUCGCUUUCCAGUACGUAUACAUAUUGCACCGUGGUGGCGCAUUGAGGUAGGCUAUGUAUUAGAAGCAGACAUUAGAUAUGUAACAACAACGGAACGCAGCCUUAUCGAUGAUCUAAUCGAUUUUGGCUCACAAACUGCAGGAAAAUAUGAUUAUGGCGUGGUACAUAGUCUGUAUCGCAAAGGCCUAAUAUACUUAGAUAUACCCAUAUCAGGCGAGGAUCGCAUCAGAAUACCGCCCCUACGCAACUUCGUAAUGAAUCGUACCAGUGGUGAUUACUUCGAGAAUUUGCUCUAUAAAAUCUUUGUUAGUGCCGAUGAGCACAUGACUAUUUCCGAAUUGGCACAAAUGUUGCAAGUUGAUUUGGAUUCAGUCAAGCAGGCAGUAUCGCUCUUUUGUCGUUUAGGUUUUGCGCGCCGCAAAGACCCCAUUUGCAAUAGCCCGAACGCUGAGACUAAGUACCACACCAGUUGGGAGCAAUAUCAGUUGGAAGAAUCUAUGGCUCGCGAACCGCCACAAAUCACUCCGCUCAACUAUAACAACUUCAUUACAUCAGAGGCAACGGCUGAACGCGCUGAAGCAGCACAAUAUAGUCCAAUUUUGGCACAGCAACAGGAAAAGCAACAGGAUAAGGAUAGCAGUUCUAUUGGAUAUCUCUCAUCUGACGGCAAUACCAGUGAUUUCAGCUUUGCCAAUAUGCCGUCGCCAACACCGCAAGCGAUGCAGAGCGGUGGUGGAGAACACAAUAAUUCCGAGGAGCAAGAUCUUAGCUCUGAAUUGGACGAUUUAAGUGAGAGUACCACAAAGUUAAGCAUCAAAGAAGUAUCCACAACUGCUAAAGAAGGCAAGAUUUCUACUGUGGCGGAAAAAACAGGAAAACGUGUUGGAUUUCUUUUCGAUUCAACGCUAACUGCCUUCCUGAUGAUGGGCAAUUUAUCACCCGGCUUGAAAAAUCAUGCAGUCACUAUGUUUGAAGUGGGAAAAUUGUCUGAGGAAAGCAUGGACUCAUUUCUGGCGGAGUUGGAAAAAGUUUCGCUUUUAGAUGCCGAGGGUGAGGGAGACGUUUCGCGUUAUUUUGCGCACGCCGUUAUUUUACGGUCAACUAUUUGUUCGCUUCGCCAUCUGUUGCCCGGAGGCUUGGAUCUACUACGAUUAGAAUGUUUGGAGUGCUUGGAUCAGAAAACGCGCGAUCGAGUGCUCGAAAAGAAAUACAAAUUCAUUAUAUCUGCUACUCCCUUGACUGCCUCACUUUCACAUGUUUUCAGCAUUCCAUUUUUCGGGCAAUUCUACAGAAGCUCCGAUAGUUCGCAUAUGUGGAUAAAACUAUUCUACAAUCAUAUAACAGGCUACGGGCCACCUAGUCUCUUCCUUUGUCGCGGCACUGUACUUAAAACACUUCCACGCAUUUUCCUUGGCUACGGGAAGUUGCUUGUGAAUAUUCUACAUUCCGAUUCAUAUGUCUUGAACUCCGAGAAUUUCCGCAAUCUCAACGAUCAGUUGAAGAAUGGCUGCAUUUUGGUGCAGGGUUAUGGCAUCCGCCAGCCUGGCCAACUGCGGUACGAAGCAUUCCCAUUCAAUCGAAAAGAUCCUCGCCAACUGGAAUGGGCCAAUCACAAAGCCGUGCAACAGCUGGCACGUCAAAUGGAUUUGGUGCACAAUUGUGGUUUUAUAACAUUCCUAAAUACAGGUGUACCCGACAUUGGGUGUGAGUCUUUUGAGUUGCAAGUACACCUUAGACACCCCAAAAGCAAAGUAAAACCAACGAUUGAACCAACAGGUGGAGACGUAGAAACCAGUUGCUCAAAGGAAAUUGUGCCAAAUGCGGUUAGCCAAGCAACUGCCCCUAUACAAGUGUCAACUGUCGCCCAACCACAAGAUCUAUUAUCGCCAGGCGAUGGCUCCGAAGUUACGAGUUUUGCACGUCUGAGUGCUUCGCCACUCAAUACCAGACAAUUGAAGAGUCCUGAUGAAAACUAUUUUGCGGUUAGUCCACAAAAUGGUUCACCUUCAAACGUAUUCACUUCAGCGGACUGUAACGAAUUGCUGGCAUCGGAGUUGGCCAAAUGUGAUGCUGAUUCAGCUGCACAGAAUAACAAAACCGAAUUGGUAUCACAAAGUUCUGUGGAAAUACCAAUCAGUAUUGUAGCAAACAAUGCGCAAGCCAACUCCAUUUUGGAUAGUCCAGAUACUUCGAGCGAAGAGACAACCACCGAGGAGUGGACUUUGUUAGACGUCAAUUUCGGUGUGCCACUAUUCGAUGUCGAUUGUAAUACGCGCAUAUGUGAACAAAUUGUGCGUAAGCUGCAUCGAAACGAGAAUCUGCAGACUCUGCCCACUAAAGCGUCGCACAUGAAUGAAAUAUUCAUGAAUUUCGUCAAGCAGUGCAUGUAUUUCGAAGAUGAACCGAACAUCGAACAAUUGAAGAUUGGUAGACUUUUACCAUAUCCACGCAUCAAUUUGGCGUUCGAAAAUGGGCGAGUCUGCUAUUGGAGUGGCAGAUAAACGCUUGUAUCUUACGAAAUGUAUAGAUAAAAGCUAAUAUACGUAGAUAAAAAGCAAGUAAAAAAGCAAGACCACAUAAAGUGUAUACAAAUUUUAAACGCUUGCUUGAGGAAUAUACCCCUACGCGUAUACAUAUGAAUCUUGGAGUUCCAUGUGUAAUGCAAUAUUGAAUUUUUUUGUUGUAUUUUAUAUAUUGUUACACGGCUUCUGUCCAUUCCGUUUUUUUUUUAAAUAUGUACCUAUGUAUGUAGGUAUGUGUACUUUUUCCCUUAUCUAAUCUGCAAUGACAGAUUUGUACAUUUAAUUUGCAGCAUACAUAUGCAUAUUCAUACUUUGUUUUUGUUUACGUUUUGAAUGAUUAGAACUUUUAGCUGGGCAUAUUUAAAAUAAGCGAACAGCCAUAAACAAGUAAAAUAUGUAAAAUCUGCAAUCUCUUUUAUUUUUAAAUUACAGAAAAUAAACUUAUAAAAGAUGAAAUAAAUAACAUAAUUUUCUCAUACACUGUAUUACUUAUACAUGCAUAG